UUAUGUGAAUAACUCAAUAAAGUAACGGAUUAUUCUUUUCUUCACUUUUUUUUUCUUCUACUACAAGUACUUCGAUACAUUGAUUGUACCCCCGUCGUCUCCUAAUUCCUCCACCACCAGCCACCCACAUCCAUUGAAACCACCGUAUUCAUUGUUAUUUAAGCCGUGCACUACUCAGCUCCAUAGCCGAAGCUUCAAAUAUGCGGAAAUCUUCCAUCUUCUUCCUAAUUUGCUUUUUGUUGCAGUAUUUUUGCUCUUCAAACUCGGAGUCCUUUGUUGGAGUAAAUUACGGCAUAGUAGCCGACAACCUUCCGCCACCGGAUGCCACGGCGAAGCUUUUGAAGUCGACGAGCAUCGAGAAGGUGCGGCUGUACGGCGCCGACCCGGCGAUUAUUAAGGCGCUAGCGAACUCUGGUAUUGGAAUCGUGAUUGGCGCCGCUAACGGGGAUAUUCCUGCAAUGGCGUCCGACCCGAACUUCGCGGGUCAAUGGGUCAAUUCGAAUGUGAUGGCGUAUUACCCGGCAAGCAAGAUCAUUGUCGUCUCUGUUGGUAAUGAGGUCGUGACCUCGGGGGAUCAGAAUCUACUGUCCAAUCUCUUACCUGCCAUGCGAAAUGUCCAAAAUGCCCUCAAUUCAGCUUCACUAGGUGGAAAAAUCAAGGUCUCGACUGUUCAUUCCAUGGCAGUAUUGGGCCAGUCGGAACCACCUUCAGCGGGGGCUUUCAAUUCUAGUUUUGGAGACACAUUGAAAGCUUUAUUGCAGUUUCAAAGUGAAAACAGUUCGCCUUUUAUGAUCAAUCCAUAUCCUUUCUUUGCCUAUCAAAGCGAUCCGAGGCCUGAAACCUUGGCUUUCUGUCUUUUCCAACCAAAUGCUGGUCGAGUGGACUCGAGAACGGGUAUUAAAUACAUGAACAUGUUCGAUGCCCAGGUUGAUGCUGUACACUCGGCAUUGAGUGCAAUGGGAUUCAAGGAUGUCGAGAUUGUGGUUGCUGAGACAGGAUGGCCUUAUAAAGGAGACCCAAAUGAAGUUGGCCCAAGUUUAGACAAUGCAAAAAACUAUAAUGGAAACUUGAUAAAUUACCUUAGAUCAAAGGUUGGCACACCACUUAUGCCUGGAAAAUCUGUCGACACAUAUAUCUUUGCACUCUAUGACGAGAAUUUGAAACCUGGUCCUGGCUCAGAGCGGUCUUUUGGGCUCUUCAGGUCCGAUCUUUCCAUGAUUUAUGAUGCUGGUCUUUCGAAGAGCGCACAGACACCAGCAUCAACUCCAUUGACUCCCGCUCCAACGGCAUCAGCAGCAACCUUGACUCCUUCUCCGACUCCCGUGAUGCCUUCUCCAAAAACGCCAACAACAACUCCUGCAAUUCUUGCUCCAACGACUCCCUCUACUCCGUUAACUCCAGGGAUACUACCACCAGGAUCAGAAAUACGUGGAACUGCAACUUCUUGCGAGCCGCUACACUCUCUACUACUAAUUAUAGUUACAAUAAUUGCAUUUACCAUGGUGGAAGUACAUAGAGAGUAGUAAUCAAAAUCGUUAUGUUGAUGGCGCUAUAUAUUCUUUGUAUCUGUAUCCACGUUAAUCAACAAUAAGCUAAAUGAUAAUUCAAGCUUUUUUUUUUUUUUAAUUGAUUCUUGUAUUUUGAUUUAGCCUCUCUUGAAAUGUGUG